AUGGACUCGUCAAGAGCUUCGUCGUCGAUACAGUUGAUUCAGCUGCCCAACAUCGGCCAGCAGGAUGCUGAACAAGCGGUCCAAUCGAGCCAACGUCCCAUAGCGGCCGGGGAACUUCUCGGCGAGACAAUUGAAGAGCAGCUUCCCCCUCGGCCGGAUCCCAUUCCAGUUCCGGAGACGAGCGCCAAAGCAUGGCUUUCCGUGGCCGGUGCCUUUUUCUACUUGUUCCCAACUUACGGCAAGCGAGAACAACGUGGAAGGCUCUAUGAUGUGCAAUUCGCUAAUACCACGAUUGGAUGGAUUACCGGCUUGUACACCUCGCUAGCCCUUCUCCUGGGCAUUCAGUUUGGCCCCCUGUUUGAUGCCUACGGUCCUCGCCUCCUCGGUCCCAUCGGAUGCGCAAUAUACAUUCCAGUCUUCUUUGUCCUGGCUGAAUGUACUCAGUACUGGCAUUUUAUGCUCACAAUCUCCGUCUGGGGUGGCUUCGGGGCGGCCAUUAUCUCCACCAUCGGCGUUGCGGUGAUCGGGAAGUGGUUCGUCAAGCGCCGUGGGCUCGCAAUGGGCAUUGCUCUCUGUGGAAGCUCGACUGGCGGUAUUGUCAUGCCGCUGAUGCUGCGCUCGCUGCUUCCCAGACUUGGCUGGGCCUGGACUAUCCGCAUCCUUGCGUUCAUCAACAUGGCCGUGUUGAUCGCUGGCUCGCUUUGUCUGCAGCAGCCGCUGCCACAGCAGAUUUCUGCUGCGUCGGAGCAGCGUCGCCGGAAGAGAAUAGCCUUGAAUUUCAUGGCGCUGACUUCCAACACCUUCACGUUGAUAACCCUCGGUAUUUUUGCAUUGGAGUUCGCCAUGUUCGGCGUCUUCGGCCUGUUGCCGACGUACGCAACGGCAGCCAACUUUCCUGCGAGCACAGGCUACGCCCUGGUGGCGAUCUCGAACGGGUGCUCAACAUUCGGUAGGCUUUUGCCUGGGCUGGCUGGAGAUUACUUUGGCCACUUCAACGUCUUGGUUUGCAUGAUCCUCUGCACAGCAGCUUUCACGGGCGCGAUCCUGGUCCCAUUUGGCUCUUCCUCCCUCAAGGCCCUGUACAUAUUCUCUGCUCUCUGGGGCUUUGGCUCUGGCAGCUUCAUAUCCCUUACUCCAGUUUGUAUGGGAAAGACCUGUGAGACCGAGGACUACGGGAGGUAUUAUGGGACAAUGUACUUCUUUGUCAGCUUCUCGCUAUUACUGACGGUGCCUCUCGGCGGCCAGAUGCUCUCUACCUUCGGAACCCGAGCACUGGCUGGUCUUUAUGUCGGCAUCGUACUGGCAGGAGGCGUGUGCUUCUUGAGCGCACGGCAGCUAAUCUAUGGUAAGAGAGGAUUUGGCCUGAAAGCCAAGAUCUAA